AUGACCCAGCUCAUGAAUGUUGACGAUGAACACCUGUCUGCCCUCGAUGUGGUUGUGCAGAAGGUCCGCAAGUGCACAGACAUGCCUGCGUACAGAGGGUAUCAGUCGACGAAGUUUGCCCGAGCAGCACGAGCUCUCAAGAAAGCAAGCGAGCACAGGCACCAAGUGACUUGCAGGGUGAUGGCCCUGAUUCACCGGUACAAUGAUCGUUAUGCGAAAACACAUGAAGAUGUGAUCAACUUAGAAGAAAAGAAGAGACCGAAGAAGGCAGGCCGUGGGAGUUACAAAAAGUGGUUGCCAACAGCUUUGUUGCGGGUUUGUUGGGGCUCCAAACCAGAUCCUCGGAAAAGGGUCGCAAAGAAUAUGGCAAGAAGACUUAGAAAGAAAACCAAGCCUUCGGCUGCCAGCCAGAAGCGCGCAGCUCCGUCUGCGUCGUCAAUCCGUGAAUGCGCCCGGCAACACGAUGCCAGCACGACUCAUGUAGCACGGGUGCGACAAGCUAUGUCUGAAGUGUUCAUGCGCGUGCAAACGCAGCAGCUGAACAUGCUGCCGCGUGUGGCAGAACAGUGGAUCGAAAUUGCGCUCGAUGAGACACAGGAGCCUGUCACUAUGGAGACCACUGGCCAAAGUGCGCAGGUGAUGGUCAUACAUGUGAAGCUGCAUCGGCUGUCAGCCUGGGGACAGCAAGUGCAAAGCUUCAGCGUCGUGCUUCCUACCGUCGUGCUGCCUGGAACGACCACAGACGACAUCCUCGGUGGUUUGAUGGAGCGGCUACCUGUCAGCUUGGAACAGUUGAACACCCUUGCUGAUAGAACGACCUUCUUCCUGAACACAGACAGUUUUGGGAGCUGCCUGAAGUUGACGAAGUGCCUCGCAACGAAGUUUGCAUGUUUCAGCUGCCCGUGUCGCAUGCACCAACUUUGCAUAGCAAUGACGUCCGCCAUCGCUUUGUCCGGCGUCAUGUCAUCGCUCUACUGUGGGUCCUUGCUUCUGCGCAGAGCAAAAUUUCAAAAAUCACUGCGUGCCAGGUUGGAGCACUAUCUUCGUGAUAAUCUCGACAUUACAUAUGAUGCCCCGACUAGUUCGGCUGUCAGCCAUGCCAAUGCAGUGUGGAAUUUGGCAUGGCCCUUGGUGCAAGCUGGUCACAGCACAGACACCCGUUUGACCACUCCAAAAGCACAAGCAUGGAGGAGGCUGCGGAAGAAUCUUUGCGGGCCGCUGAACGACCACACCCGCGUGAUCCACUACUGCCCUUACGGAUGUCAUGACUCCCGCAGCGACGUGGUCGAUGAGGUUUUCAAAGAUCUGUGCACGCUUUUCUUGGACUCUCCACCAAUGGUUCCAGUUUGGAACAAGUGGACCAAGGUGGUUCCUCCUUUGAUGUGGUUUGCACCUUUCAUGCUGGUGCACGGCCUCCUUUCCCAUAUUGUGAAGCCCGUUCUUGAGGCAUUGGAGGUGACGCAGGUUCAGACUGAAGCUGUGACCGAGACGGCUGUGACGGCAAUGUCUCUCAUUGAGUCGGAACUGGAGAGGAUCGCUGCACCGGAGCAAGACAGCGAGGCAUUCAGAAAAGAAGAAUUCGCGAGGGUGCGGAAAUUUACGAAGUUCGCAACGUGCAAAGGCAUGAAGGAAAAACUGACAGCAACGUUGUUGUCUCUACAGCCUGCUUUGAAAAUCAUGGGGUCCUUCUUCACCGCCGCUGAUGCAACUUCAUGUCCGGAUUUGCGCCGGACGUCCACUGUGUUGGUCCUGUCCCAGCCUUCCCAGUCGCCUGCCGUCAGCACGGUCAAGGUUUUGCUGAAUGCGCUAUCGUCUGAAGAUGCCUGUCACUGGCAAGCCUUGCGUGAGCCUGAUGCUGCUUGGGAUUGCCACAGUUACACAUGCGCAGCCACUCCAACUUGGUUGGAAGUUGGACAGCUGUAUGGCAGGCUGGUGCUGCCCUUCAGUGUUUGGCCGUUCAAAGCAGCCCUGAUGUUGGAGGAUGGCGUUUCUCGUGAGACUCAAGAGAUGCUGGCCACAGAACUGUUGAGGCUUUGUUCUCACCGAGAUCCCUUCCUGCAGUUCCUCAAGGGAGAUUUGCAGACGGAGACAGAUGUCCUGGACCCUGCCAACCUUCAACGAAUUCGGCAGCUGUUGGACCUUGCGCCAGUGACUAACGUGGUAUCAGAGAAAAGCUUUGCCGCGUCACAUGUUCGUCGAAUGACGGACCAUGGUCAGAGUCCGAAACUGCCAACGUUGGCUGCCCAACAUGUUCUAGCCGAGAGCAAAUCCAUUUUGGAUUGCCAGAGCAGGCAGAAAGCAGCCAUGCUGCUUGCGCACGGUUCGGCACCAGGUUCGGCUGUCAGCCAAGGCACUUCGCGCGUUUUGGCGCCAGGUUCGGCUGUCAGCCAGAGCCCUCUGCAAACAUCGGCUGUCAGCCAGAAUCCUGACAAGAACCAUGUUUGGCGACAUUAUAUGCGAAAGCACAUGCAAGCGGGCAAAACCAUGAAGCAGGUCGCUCAACAAUGGCGGCAGGAGAGCGACGAAGCCAAGGCACUCCUGGCGGCGGAAGUCGCGCGUGCUCCAAGACCGCCUGCCUCUCCCCAGCCGGCAGUCCCUGUUACCGCACCUGCUGCUCCAGCAACCGUAUCGGUAUGGCCGCAUUGCGGAGAUGAUUUCUACCCAUUGCGUGCAGACUGCUUGGAAUCUAUGGUUGAUGAGGUUCGUCCACUGGCAGAGAGCUGGGUGCGGCGAGUGGGCGAGACGGAGUGCAAGCCAAUGACAGCCACAGUUUCGGAUUGCGGCCCUUUGUGUCGUACCACAAAGUGUGUUCGGACUUUGCAAGACUGGCAGUCCAGUGUGCUCGAGCAUGUGCGUGUGAAGUUGAACAGGUUUGCUGCCUUCUGCAAGGCAAAGCCUCCAAAUCUUGGAGACAUGUGGCCUGCAUUGCCGGCAUUGCACAUCCAUAUAGAAGCGUCGUCUGGCAGCAGCGCUGAUCGACCCAAGGGAUUGACCUUGCUGCAGCUGUCUCCGCUGCAUGAUGCACAAGUUUACUGCUUGGCGACACCGUCCGCAGCACCAGUGCCAGCUGAAGGUGUUGUGCUACAGUUUGAGCCGCAGAUUGACAAUCUGCGUGGAGCGACAGAGGUGAUGGAACUUUGCUUGACGAUGCUGCCUACGCAGCCGCUGCUGUCUGGGGCGCCAAUGCCAAAAGAAUCCUUGCAAUUCCAGUGCUUGCGCUGCAAGCACACAAGUUUGACAUCCAUGAGGGUUCAGGUCGUGGAAGAUAUGGCUGACAUGGAGGCUGCUGCUGUCAGCAAAAGGAGAAAGGACAAACAGGCUUCUGACAUCUCAGCAGCAGUGCAGCGGUUGGAUGAUGACUCAUUGUUGAAGAAGCGCAUGAGGAUGCGGUCGAAGCAACCAAGCAGAAAGGCAGCCGCUCGGCCUUCCGGCUGUCAGCCAGAACCACUGAGAGACGAGGAGGUUGAACGCGAGGAGGAGUUGCACAUGUGGGAUGACGAGCUUGCAGCAGAAGCUGACCCCGUUGCAGGAGAUCCUUUUCUAGCCUUGGAAGAAGAAAUCGUGCGGUUGGGGUUCCCAGACGAUGAGCUCGAUGACAUGAGACAGGCAGAAAGAGAGGAACUAAUCACGUCGCCGACACAACCAUCAAUCAUGCCCUCGUCACGGCCAUCGACAAGCAAUUCGGCUGGCAGCCACGGGCGGCCAGAGCAGCUUCCUAGCAAAGUCCGCAUCGACCCCGUAACUGGCAGGGUGUUCCGCACAGACCGCGAGCCAAAUCAGUACAUCGGUCGAAUUUCAACAAUAAAGCAAAACACACCGCAGGAGGCCUUCUCAGUGUAUUGCGGUAUGCAUGGCUGCCAGCUGAUGCGUCUUGCUUGCCGCUGUCCUUCGCGUGGUCAAAUUCUCCAGUGGUUUGAGGAUGGUUUAGAGCUGCCCAAGUCCAGGGAAGGGGCUGUACAGAGAAAGCACAAAAGCUCCUUCCCGGAGCCCGCAGGCCAGUGA